UCGUGUUUGCUGCAUGUGCAGCCAUUGUCGGGUGGAGAGGACGAAAUUUCGACAACGCUGGUUGUCUUGAAUGAAAACUGUUGGAAGUUCGUUGUGGUCUAGGGAAUCUCUGCGGAGAGAGAAUGCGAGGGUCGCUGGUGACGGCAGCCGUUCUGCUGGUGGUGACGGCGAGGACGUCGCAAUGCUCCGCUAAAAUAGCUUGGCAGAAUCCGCCCUCACCACUACAAGCGGCGACAGCAGUUCGUGGUGUCGGCGUACGGACGGGCCCCGGCAGUGUAUUCGAUGUAAGCAAGUAUGGGGCGAAGGGCGAUGGCAAAACGAAGGACACCGAAGCUAUCAGGAAGGCGUUUGCUGAUUGCACAAGUGCUGGCGGGGGCACAGUUCUGUUCCCGGCCCUUCACCAUGUUCACCAUGGCAGCAACAGCAGGGUGUGGAACCAUGGCGACUCUGUCGACGGCAAGAACAGGCAACAUGGCCUCUUCUCUGGUGCAGAGUCGGAAGCGCAGCAGCAGCAGCAGCAGCACUAUGAGCAUGAGUUCUGGGCGCCGGAUCAGCCGAGGCUGAGACGUCCUCGUGCGGAUUCCAACAACACAGUCUACCUGACUGGUGCCUUCAACAUUUCAGCCUCCACCGUUGUCUUGGUUCCCGAUGGCGUCACUAUCCUGGCCAGCACGGACAGUGAAGAUUUCCCCUUGAUUCAGCCACUGCCUUGGUACGGCGGUGGAAGUGACUAUCAAGAAAGCGGUCAUCUCAUCUACCAGCCGUUCAUUCACUCCUACUUUGCCGACAACAUACGCAUAACCGGCGGCGGAACCAUCGACGGGAACGGCGAGCCCUGGUGGAAAUGCUGGCGAGGCGACCCCAAGUCAUCGCCGUGCAAGGGCAUUUCCCGUCCUCACAUGGUCAACCUAGUGUCUGGAUCCAAUGUUGAGAUAGAUCACGUCAACAUUCACAACUCUCCCAGCUGGACGCUGCAUUUCAGCAACAUAACUGGUGUUCAUCUGCACAACGUGAUCGUGAUCAACCCAGCCAACGCGCCCAAUGCUGACGGCAUCGACCUGGACUGCAGCCAACAGGUGCUGGUGGAGAACUGUCAGCUGGACGUGGGUGAUGACAUCAUUGCCGUCAAAUCCGGUAUUGACUGGCUAGGCAGGCAGUACGGACGGGCGUCACGAGACAUUUUGGUCAGGAACCUACAGGGUUUCCAUGGACACGGCAUGUCAAUCGGCAGCGAGAUGAGUGCCGGCGUUCACAACGUCACGUUCUUCAACAUCACCCUGGAUGGCACGGCACGUGGUGUGCGACUGAAGAGCCAGCGCGGGCGAGGCGGGGAGGUCUCCAACAUCACGUACCAUCACCUACGCAUGAAGAACGUCCCCGCUGCCGUGUCUAUGAGCCUCAACUACCACAAGGGUCUGAAGCCCACUAAUGCGACGGCGACGCCAAAGUUCGACGGGAUCACUCUGAUCGACAUCACGUCGGAUAAAUCUGAGACGGCCUUCGAGCUGGAAGGCUUAGAGGAGUCUCAUAUCACGGGAGUCAGCUUGCAGGACGUGAAGCUCUCUGCUAAGCACUCCACUGGCACGUGCGAGUACGUGGAGGGAAGCUGCUCGGGCAGCACUGACCCGUGUCCGUCGUGCUUCCACAAACUAUGAUGGUAGCCAUGCGUACGGGUGCAGAGGCAGGCAGGUGCACACAGGGCACUAGUAAUGCGUGUGAUGUGCGCAGAAAGAGAAGAAUCCUCCGUAUGUACUACUAUUCACCUGUCAAAGGUGCAGAAACAAGACCAAAUUUACAGAACAUUGUGAACAACAUUGUUACGAACAACAUGUUCGAUAGCUCCCAACAUUAACCAGUCAAUGACAUUCACCUCCGUCUUCAGACGCAUGCAAUCAAGAGUAAAUGGGAACUUAUAAUGCUCUU